UGUGUCUCUGUGUGUUGCAGAUGUCGUUGAAGCUUUUAGAGGCAAGGUGGAAACCGGCCCUGAGCUCCAUCCUGGAGGAGCUCACGGACCCAGACUUCAGGAAGAUGCUGUCGAAUCUGGUCAAAAUCCCUCAGGGACUGAAGACCGGCAAGACCAGAGAAGAGAUCCCUUAUCUAAUCGUCCAGCACUACGGGACAGAAGGGUCCAUCUCUGAAAUAGAUAAAAUAAUGAAGAUCAUACCAAGGUUGGACGCUGCGGUCCAGGAGCAGCUGCGCCCCUUUGUGGAGAAACUGAAGAAGCAACGCCAGGGGAAGAAAGGGACGACGAGAAAACUUUCCAUCAACUUCGGAUCAGUCGCCAAAAAGCAGAAACUCACAGCUGAUCAAGUGAAGAGCUGCCCACCUGUCCAGGUGAGAGAGACAAAGACGGAUCGUGUUAAAGCUGCAAAGCCCAAGAAGAAGAAGGAGAAGAGAGAUCCGUCCCUGGAACAUCAACCAUCAGCUUCACCUUCAACUAAUGUGGAUCCUGUUGGAGACGUGGAGACGGGAAAGAAGACAGAGGACAGAGAUUUGUCCCUAAAACCAGCUGAAUCUAUAAAAACCUUCAAGAUGGAUCCUGUUGGAGACGUGAAGCCUGAACAGAAGACAGAGGGACAGGAUGCGUCCCUGAAACCAGCUGCACCCCCCAAAACCUUCAAGGUUCUCAGUGCUGAGGUCCAGACCGGGAGGAUCCAGAUAGUGGAAAUUAAAAAGUCCAAUAAGACAAACAUUCACCUGCUGGUGGAGCUCAACGGCAGGAAGAGGACGGUGUUUUUGACAAAUCAACUCCUGGCGAACGCAUUGGGCCUGGAGGUGGAGGAGGACGUAGAAAGAAGACUCCGUCACCAGAUGCCCCUCACAGCAGAAGCAACACUACAAGGAAGACAAAUAACAGACAUUAAACAGAUGGAUCCUGUUGGAGACGUGAAGCCUGAACAGAAGACAGAGGGACAGGAUGCGUCCCUGAAACCAGCUGCACCCCCCAAAACCUUCAAGGUUCUCAGUGCUGAGGUCCAGACCGGGAGGAUCCAGAUAGUUGGCAUUAAAAAGUCCAAUAAGACAAACACUCACCUGGUGGUGGAGUUCAACGGCAGGAAGAGGACGGUGUUCGUGAGAACUCGUAUUCUGGCGAUCGCAUUCGGCCUCGAGGUGGACGAUGGUUUUGAAAGAAGACUCCGUUACCAGAUGCCCCUCACAGCCGAAGCAAAGCUUCAUGGGAAAAAAGUUACAGAGAUUAAAAAGAUGUCGUUGAAGCUUUUAGAAGCAAAGUGGAAACCGGUCCUGAGCUCCAUCCUGGAGGAGCUCACGGACCCAGACUUCAGGAAGAUGCUGUCGAAUCUGGUCCAAAUCCCUCAGGGACUGAAGACCGGCAAGACCAGAGAAGAGAUCCCUGAUCUAAUCGUCCAGCACUACGGGACAGAAGGGUCCAUCUCUGAAAUAGAUAAAAUAAUGAAGAUCAUACCGAGGUUGGACGCUGCGGUCCAGGAGCAGCUGCGCCCCUUUGUGGAGAAACUGGAGAAGCAACGCCAGGGGAAGAAAGAGAUGACGAGAAAACUUUCAGCUGAUUCAGGAUCAGUCGCCAAAAAGCAAAAACCUGCAGCUGAUCAACUGAAGAGCGGCCCACCUGUCCAGGUGAGAGAGACAAAGAAGAAGAGCGUGAGUCUUGGCAGCAAAGCGCCAGCGGGGAACGCUGCUCAGAGCACCAAUGAGAAGAAAAGGAAGAAACGAACCCAUUGUGCAUCAGUUUCAUGA